AAAGAAUUUCAUGAGGAGAGAAUCAACAUCGUGUUGACAUUUGCUAAUAACUACCUUUUCCUUGUCGUAGGUUUCACUGUAGCAUUGUGUAUUUACUGGGGGUCUUACUAUAAUAGAGCUUCCAGGUACAAGAACUUGCGAUUUGCCGUAGUCAAUGCUGAUACCCAAGUGGGAGAAUUACCUGCAAUUGUGGGGCCUAUAGUCGCAAACUACUUUAAUCUCACCUCCAUCCAGCUGCUUGGAAGCUUUGAUAUCUGGGAUUUCGAAAGAAUAUCCACUUUGGCCAUUAGCCACAAUAACACCAUCACCGAAGAAGUGUAUAGACAAGUACACCACCAAAAGUAUUGGGCUGCGUUUUAUAUUAGACCCAAUUCCACAUUGGACUGGGUCAGUGCGAUGGAAGCAGAAUCUACUGCUUUUUCGCCAGCUGUGCUCCUCGAGGCUAUUUACGAGACUGGUAGGGACUUCAAUGCCGUCAAUCUCUAUAUUUCGUCCAUUGUUAACCAGAUCAUCCGAUAUUACAAUGCAUACAUUCAACAAACUCCAUUAGUUGAAGACUUGUUGAGCACCUUGAAUUCAACACAGCAAGUUAAUGUUAUUUCCAAUGCUCCUGGCUUGUUGACGACGCCGCCUACUUUUGUAAUCAACGAUAGACUCCCAGUUUCCAACCAGAUUGUCCAAGCGCCCUUUCAAAUCGGACUUAUCUACUUGGUGAUCUUCUCGUUCUUCCAAUUCAUCUUCCAAAUCAAGAUGCACAUGUACAUGGCCACCAAGCUCAAGGGAUUCAAGUAUGUAGCAUACAGAAUGGUUGCUUCACAAAUAGCCUACCUCGUCCUAUCGUUGGCAUUUGUCACGUUGAACACUGCCUUUGGCCUCAAAUACAAUACCACUUUUGGUCGUCUGGGCUUCUUGGUCAUCUGGUCAUUUGGCUACUUGACUUUGAGUUCCUUAGGCAGUAUCAUUGAAGUCGUUGCAUUGAUAUUAUUUGCUGUCAAGCCACAGUUGAUUGGAUUUUUGUUGUUGUUCACGGCUGUAGUCAAUUUGUCACCCACCGUUUCACCCAUUGUUUUGUGUCCAGACUUCUACAGAUAUGGUUAUGGUAUACCUGUGAGAAACGCUUACGAGCUAAUGCAAGUAGCCUACUUCGACUCGUGGAAAGGUCGUAUGGGCAGAAACAUCGGCGUACUUCUCACCUGGAUUGUCGUUACCAACGUAGCCAUGCCGUUUGUCAUGAAAUGG